AAGAUGGACCUAGUCCAAGAUUAGGGGUCCGUUAACCCAGAAUCGCACACUCCAGGAAGAUACCUUUAUUUGUGUUCCCCUUUUCCAAAGCCCCAUCCAGCCCCUCCGCCGUCGGCCAUGGGGCAAGCCUGGGGUUCCCUCCACGAUAAACUCCAAGGGCGGCGGUGGAAGGAGCGGCAGGUGCGGAAGAUCACCGACAAGGUGUUCGACCGCCUGACGGAGGACGCCCAGAAGCGCGAGAAGGAGGCACUCACCUUCGAGGAGGUCUACAUCGCCGUCCUCUGCGUCUACAAUGAUAUCAACAAGUACUUGCCGGGGCCGCACCACGAUCCCCCGUCCAAGGAGAAGCUCAAGGCCAUGAUGGAUGAGUACGACGUCAACCUGGACGGGCUGCUGGACCGCGAGGAGUUUGCGGAGUUCAUCCGGAAGCUGACGGCGGACUCGCUGUGCUCCAUCAGCCUGAAGCUCGCGAUCACGCUGGUGGCCGCGCCCGCGCUUGCGAUGGCGACCAAGCGGGCGACGGAGGGCGUCCCCGGCGUGGGCAAGGUGGUGCGCAAGGUGCCCAACGCGCUCUACGCCUCCGCCAUCACCCUCGGCGUCGUGCUGGUGCAGAAAUCCACCGAGGGCGUCGAGUGAGUCCGCAAAGCAGAGCAGCGGCACACCGUUGUUGUGUGUGCUGUAGGCUGUAGCCGAGGCAGGCGACAGCAGGGUAUCUAGGAUUGUUAAGUUGCUGCUUUCGAAUUGUUCAUGGGAUGCAUAUUCUGAUGUGUUUUAUUCUGGUUUGGGUUGCAGAAUUGUGUGGGUUCCCGUGGAUUGUCUUGUCAUGAGCAAUUUAUUAGGAAGUUGCAGACAAAGGGCGUCUGGUCUAGCUUAUAGCUAACUCAGUCAAUUUUUUACUUAGUUGAACAGUGCAAUAAUAUUUAAACAGUGCAAUAAUAUGAAACUAGCAUGACGUGAA